AUUCCGUCCGACAAUCAUAAUUCAGACAUUUUUUGUUCCAAGUUCUGAAAGACUUCUGAGUCUUUAAAAUACUCAAAAACGAAAAAGUUGUCUUUACUGAUAAAAAACGCAUUAAUAGAAUGUCAGAAGACGUUACUGAAUAUUCAGACAAGCCCAAAAGAAUUCAAAUUAAUUUUUGCAACAACGCUAUUAAGUUUCAUUCAGUUUCAUUCAAGCUGUCGAAUUGAAAUGAGUGAUUUUCAAGAAAAUCUUGAUAAUUUAUUUGAACUUCAUCGUCAGAAAUUAGACAAAUUUGAGGAAUGGAUAUCAACACAACCAAACAUACCUAAAAAUAUUCCUCAAACGAUUCUCCUUCGAUAUUUAAAAGUUUGCAAUUUUGACCUUGAAGAAUCUGAGAAGUUGUUGGAUAUUAAUGUGAAAUUUAGGAUCAAAAAUCAGUUUCUUUUUACGGAACGAGACAUCGAGUCUGAAGAUAUUCGAAAAAUUUUAGAAGUUUUCCAAUAUACUGGAUUCCCAAAACUUACCAGCGAAGGCUACGCCGUUGAAUCAUUUCGCAUUAUAAGUCCAGAAUUAGAUAAUUUUAUUCUUCAAGAUAUAAUGAAGCUUGUGAUCAUGUCACAUGAUGUUAAUUCUUUAAUCCAACCAAAUACAAAUGGAGUUAUUGCAAUUUAUGAUGCCAGUGGAUUCACAAUUCGACAUUUCAUGAAAGUAGUAUCAAAUGCUCAAACAACAAUUAUAUUUUCACAGUAUGGACAAGAAGCUAAUUGCAUAAAUCUCAGACAAAUUCAUUAUGUUAAUUGCUCAUCAAUUGUCACUAAAGCAAUUUCAUUCUUUAAAUCAUUUCUGUCAAAGGAAUUGAGAGAUAAAUUUUAUUUUCAUUCUGUAGGAUACGAGAAUUUGCAUAAGUUUAUUGGUAAAGAAUAUUUGCCAAUUGAAUUUGGUGGCACUGAAGGAUCUCUGAAAGAUUAUCAGGAGGAUACACUUAAUAAAUUACACAAGUAUCGAGACUUUGUGAUAAAGGAUGAAAAUUUCUUUAUUUUGAAUAAAUAAAUUUGAAAAUUUUUGGAA